AUGGGGCGCGCCAAGUGGGCCACGGGGCCGCUGACUACGGCAGAAGAGCUGCUGCAAAGUCGAAUGGAAGAGCUCAAGGCCAUCCGUAAUCAAGCCAUUGCCUCCAAGGUCACCAUCAAGGUCAAGCUGAGCAAAGACCAGACCGCCUCCAUCGAGGAAAAGGCCAAAAUCGCCAUGGCCCGCAUGGCUCAGCAACGCGAGCUCGAGGGAGACAAGCCGAAGCGUCAACACAAAAAGCGAGCAGCAACCGAUCAUCACGAUGUGGAGGAUCUUGUGGUACAACCCAUCAGUCCCGAGCAGCGACGUCCCGCGCCAGCUACUGUGCAAUCCCGAAAAACCACAUCGGCCCCGUCUGCUGUUGGCAUGAGCCUAGGCCGACGUGGUCCGCACACGCCACCCGGCACACCGCCACCCGUGUCUGACAGUGAAGAGGAGGAGGCCUAUCUUGAGGAGCAAAAGGAGGCCAUGGCCAAUUUCGGUUCAACUCUCCCCUAUGCCUACCCUGGAGCUGAUGUUGUUGAAUAUCCCCGCGACGUGGAUAUGACUCCCGUGGCGUCGCGCACAAAUGCCGAGGGCGCUGGUCACACUGUCACCACCCCGCCCGGGUCGGAUGGAAUUAGCACCCCGCCGGGGUCGGAUGGAAUUGCCACCCCUCCUGGAUCUGAUGACGAGGAAGAGACCUUCCACGAUCCCACAACUCCGCCGCCCGACGCAGACGACGAUCACGUGCCAACCCCGCCUGGUUCGGACGAGGGUGGCUUCAACCCGGCUACCCCGCCAGGCUCGGACGACAAUGGAAUUGUCACUCCGCCUGACUCGGAUGAUGAAGUCUAG